AAGCAUAGUAUGGUAGAUGAGUCAUCGGAGGUGAGAAAGCAGGUCCUAAGUUAACGGAGCGCGGUCAGCUUUUCCACCUUCCAAGCUUCCACCGAACACCCAAACAAACACGGAAUGCAGGAAGACCAACAAAAAACGACACUCUUUAGACUACACACACCCAAGAAAAGGAAAAAAACUAAAAAAUUCCUUAAAAAAAUGAUACCAAUUAAUCAAUUAUGAUUCAUAACUUAAUAAAAUUAUGAUUUCCGCUAUCUUAAUGCCCUUUGCUUGUAUUGCGCAGUGUUAUAAGAGAUGAAAUGUGUAUGGAAUGAAGUAUUCUUGAACCCCACUUCUCUAACUCUGGGGCGGGUAGUUUGCCAUCAUGAAUUCUGUAAAUGAGUGUCGUAGGCUCAACGUUACAAUUGCAUCCCCGAGUGGUGAAACUCAAGAGCCCUCCCAGCCAAGUAGUAAUAGUGAGCCUGGAGUAAAGCAGCGUGAUACUGUAGUGCAAUGGAUGAACGGUAUGCUUCCUCAUUUGAGUUUGUCAGUAGAGGCCUCAGAUGAGGAACUACGAGCAAUCUUGAUUGACGGUAGAGUUCUGUGCGAAUUACUGAGUAAAUUGAAACCCGAAGAGGAUGGGGAUUCUACUAAUUCCCCCAGUUCGGGCUCGGAAAACCUUAGUAGGUUUUUAUUAGCUAUGGAGAAAAUGGAGUUGCCUAGGUUUCAGGCAUCGGACUUAGAAAAUGGUUCCAUGAAAAAUGUUUUUGAUUGCCUUAUAGCACUUCAAACACAAUUUAGGCCGCAGGAUGGGGGAUGCAGUAGCUUAAAUUCACCAGCAUCACCCGAUGCAUCUGGGAGAAUGACAAGGUGGAAGUCGAUGGUAGAACGUUACGGGCGUGAUGAUGCUCAAGGUAGAACAUCCGAGCGGUUUCGUCCUUUUUCAUCCUUCAGAGACGAGAGGCGGAAAUCAGACAAGCGUGGAUUAACACGUAGUCCUGUGAUGGCAGAGGCAUCGGCUGCACUGAUGCAUCAUGUUGGGCACAAGUUCCAUGAAGUAUUUCAGCUUAAACAAGAGAGUUAUGCGGAUCUCCCGGCUUCAAAGAUUUCAGAAAUGAUGAAGUCGAACAGUUUGGACAAUGCACCAACGCAGUCACUUUUAACCGUUGUGAAUGGAAUUAUAGAUGAAAGCAUUGAGCGGAAGAAUGGAGAAAUCCCUCAUCGUGUAGCAUGCUUGUUGAAAAAAAUAGUGCAAGAGAUUGAGCGACGGAUAUCAACUCAAGCAGAGCACCUAAGAAUGCAAAACAACCUUUUCAAAGCUCGGGAAGAGAAGUACCAGUCGAGAAUCAGAGUGCUUGAAGCCCUCGCAACUGGUACCAGUGAAGAGACGCAGAUUGUCAUGAACCAACUGCAACAAAUUAAGAGCGAGAAGACGAAGAUGGAGGUGAAAAAGAAAAGCGAGGAACAUGAUGUGGCUAGAUUGAAGAAGGAAAAUGACGAAACCGUUCAAGAGAUUGCAGCGUUGAAGCAAGAACUUGAUACAGCUUGGAAAGCUUACCAACGAGACUGCUCCCAAGCGGAACAACAGAUUGUAGCUUUGAAGCAAGAACUUGAAACGACCCGGAAAACUUCUGAACAAUGCGGCACACCAGGGGAAAAUAGUAUUGGCGGUGGAUCUCAACAAGAGAUCGCAGCUUUGAAACAAGAACUUGAAACAGCUCGGAAAACUUAUGAACAACACUGCUUACAAGCGGAAAACAAAGAUAGCGGAUCUCAACAAGAGAUUGCAGAUUUGAAGCAACAACUUGAAACAGCUCGUAAGACUUAUGAACAACGCUGCUCAGAAAUGGAAAAAGAAGCUACAAUGUCUCAACAAGAGAUUGCAGCUUUGAAAGAAUUGAAACAACAACUUGAAACAGCUCGUAGAACUUAUGAAGAACGCUGCUCACAAGUGGAAAAAGAAGUGACAGAGUCUCAACAAGAGAUUCAAGCUUUGAAGGAAGAACUUGAAACAGCUCGGAAAACUCAUGAACGCAGCUCACAAAUGGAAAAUAAGGCUAGAGAAUAUCAACAAGAGAUUGAAGCUUUGAAGCAAGAACUUGAAACAGCACGGAAAACUUAUGAAAAAUGCAACUCACAAAUGGAAAAUGAGGCUAGUGGAUCUCAAAAAGAGAUUGAAGCUUUGAAGCAAGAACUUGAAACAGCACGGAAAACUUAUGAAAAAUGCAACUCACAAAUGGAAAAUGAGGCUAGUGGAUCUCAACAAGAGAUUCAAGCUUUGAAGGAAGAACUUGAAACAGCUCGGAAAACAUAUGAACAACGCUGCUCAAAAAUGGAAAAAGAGGCUAGAGGAUCUCAGCAAGAUCUGGAGGAGAAACUGAAGGAAGUCAUGAGCCUCUUAACAGAAUCAAGAAAUAAAGCGAGGGAACUCGAAAUUCUUUAUGAAACAAAAUCUCAGAGGUGGAUCAAGAAACAGAGCAUCUACGAAAUAUUUACAGAAUUCCAGCUUGGUGCACUACGUGAGCUGAAAUUUUCUUCCCAGUCAAUAAGGCAAGAAGUCGUGAAAACACAGAAGAUCUACAUAGAUGAAUUCAAUCGCUUAGGUGUGAAGACCAAAGCAUUGGAAGAUACAGCUUCACACUAUUGUAUAGUUCUUGCUGAAAACAAAAAGCUACACAACGAAGUCCAGGAGUUAAAAGGAAAUAUUCGAGUAUACUGCCGGGUAAGGCCAUUUCUUCCCGGACAAAAGGACAAACAGACAAUCGUUGAAUAUGUUGGUGAUAAUGGGGAGUUAAUUGUCAUGAAUCCUUCGAAACAAGUUAAAGAGGGACGGCGUUCAUUCACGUUUAAUAAGGUCUAUAAUCCCGCUGCAACACAAGCUCAAGUAUUUUCAGAUAUACAGCCCUUGAUAAGAUCGGUUUUGGAUGGUUAUAGUGUAUGUAUAUUUGCGUAUGGCCAGACAGGCUCGGGAAAAACUUACACAAUGACUGGCCCCGAUGGAGCAACUGAAGAGGAUUGGGGUGUCAACUAUCGGUCUUUAAACGACCUCUUCCAGAUUUCACAAAAGAGGCGGAACGCCAUAGCAUAUGAGAUAUCGGUUCAAAUGGUAGAAAUAUAUAAUGAACAAAUUCGUGACUUACUGUCAAGCAAUGGCCCUCAGAAAAGUCUUUCAGUUUUGCCUACAACCCAACCAAACGGGUUAGCCGUCCCAGAUGCUAGCAUGUAUCCAGUCAAAGAAACCUCUGAUGUUUUGGACCUAAUGAAUAUUGGAUUAAAGAACAGGGCAAAAAGUUCAACUGCCCUAAACGAAAGAAGCAGCCGAUCACACAGCGUUGUGACUAUUCAUGUUUGUGGGACGGAUUUGAAGGGUGGUUCCUCUAUGCGGAGCAGUCUUCAUUUAGUGGAUCUUGCAGGAAGUGAAAGAGUAGACCGCUCAGAGGUAAAAGGCGAUAGGCUAAAGGAGGCACAGCACAUAAACAAGUCUUUGGCGGCCCUCGGAGAUGUCAUAUCGGCUUUAGCACAAAAAAGCUCUCAUGUUCCAUACCGAAACAGCAAACUUACUCAAGUUCUUCAAAGCUCAUUAGGAGGUCAAGCAAAGACACUUAUGUUUGUGCAGCUUAAUCCCGACCAUAGUUCAUAUUCUGAGUCCAUAAGCACCUUAAAAUUUGCUGAAAGGGUAUCUGGAGUAGAGCUAGGCGCUGCCAAGAGCAGCAAAGAUAGCAAGGAUGUCAAAGAGUUGAUGGAACAGGUUGCAUCUCUCAAGGAUACAAUAGGUAAAAGGGAUGAGGAGAUAGAUAGAUUGCGACCUGGGAAAGAUGUCAAAGUCAAUGGUGAGAAACGCGGGACGAACACUUUGAGUUCCUUCUUACAGACGUUAAAGAGGAAGAAAUCGCAUCAAGUUAAUCAAAAUUAACUCCUAGCUGAGUUGCAACAAGUCCUAACGUACGGCUCCAAAAUCGCCAAGCGAUUCCCGUCAUUCUUUGCAACACUCGACUGGUGGUAGGAGCAAAAUUUUAAGCCAAAACCAAUCUGACAAGACCUGAUUCAAAAAGAUGGCAUUAAUAUGCACAGUUGCAUGGUUCUCUAUCUCUAUCUCCUUUUUGCAGCAAUAGCAUGUAUUUUGUUCUUCCCAUUGUAUACAAGGGGAUUUCACAUGUGUCAUAUUUGUACAUAUUAUUUCAGAGUGUAAGGAAAAUUUAAGAACUGUCCAAACCUUUGUCCUUUAGCCAAUAUUUACAUAGAGACGGAUGCUCUGCAGAUUAUUCAUGGCCUCCCUGCUUGGGUUUUCUUCUUUUGAUUUAGUUCUUUUGGACAUUAAAGAUUUGUUAGCUCAGUUUCCUAACACUUGUAUCUCUUUUGUCAAGCAGUCAGCGAAUUGGAUUGCCCAUUUAUUAGCUUGGGAAUCAUUUUCUCUGGUUGCAUGGAGUGAAUAUCUUUCCCUCCUCUCA